AUGCUCACCAAACACGACCACAGUGCUUGUUUGGCAAUCAAGUUCACCAAACACGGCCACCUUCUUCCUCCUACCACCACCAACUGUCAUCACCAUCGCUCUUCACGACCAGCAGGGUCCCCUCCAGUGGCCGCCAUCCAAAUUUGUCGCCCACACCUACCACAAUGUGCCACGUCCACGUCACCAACUGAACGAGCGUCAACACGACUUAUGCAACAAUAG